GGUAACCUAUUGUAUCACCUUUCUAUUUGGAAUACAAGUUUGCUUUGGAUUUACGGCAAAUCGCUUGAAAAGGUCGGAAUCCGAAUGGGAUGAAGGCAUUGCAUCCGUCCUAGCGGAUUCCCCUUGGAUCAGCACUUCUGGGUCCUGUAAGGGUCGAUGUUUUGAACUUCAAGAAGCCGAUGCCCCCGCAUGCCGCUGCGACAACCUGUGUAAGAGUUACAACAGUUGUUGCCAAGACUUUGAUCAGCAUUGCCUUAAGACAGUAUUGGAGUGGACAUGGUUCCUACCAGAUGAUUCUCUGGCCAACCCAGAUUCUAAGUCGGCCUCUGCACCAGGCCGAGGUUGGAGCUGCAAGGAGAGGUGUGGGGAGGCCCGGAAUGAGGACAGUGCGUGCCAGUGCUCUGAGGAUUGUCUGACUAAAGGAGACUGCUGUACGGACUAUCAAAUAUCAUGCAAAGGUGGAACUCGUUGGGCGGAUGAUGAAUGUGAAGAAAUGAAGCAACCAGACUGUCCAGCAGGGUUUCUUCGACCACCUUUGAUCAUUUUCUCAGUUGAUGGAUUUCGUGCUUCAUAUAUGAAAGAAGGAGCAAAGGUUAUGCCCAAUAUCUACAAACUAAGAACCUGUGGAACACAUGCCCCAUAUAUGAGACCUGUUUAUCCAACAAAAACAUACCCAAAUUUGUAUACACUAGCAACGGGUCUUUAUCCAGAAUCUCAUGGGAUUGUUGGGAACUCUAUGUAUGAUCCUGUCUUUGAUGCUAACUUCAGCCUUCGGUCACGAGAGAAAUUUAAUCACAGAUGGUGGGGUGGGCAACCGCUUUGGAUUACUGCUCAAAAACAGGGGUUGAAGGCAGCCACAUUCUUCUGGCCUGUGACUAUACCUUAUCAGCGGAGAGUAUUAACAGUUCUUCAGUGGCUGCACUUGCCUGACAAUGAAAGGCCUUAUGUCUAUGCACUUUAUUCCGAACAGCCUGAUCAGACAGGACACAAAUAUGGACCAUUUAGCAGUGAGUUGACCAGUCAACUCAAGGAAAUCGAUAUCAUUGUUGGAAUGUUAAUGGAUGGUCUAAAACAAAUGAAGCUACAUCGAUGUGUCAAUAUUAUCUUCGUGGGGAGAUCACGGUAUGGAAGAAGCAACUUGUGAGAGGACUGAAUUUUUGAACUCCUAUUUAAACAAUGUGGAUGAUUUUAUCUUCCUACCUGGCUCUCUAGGACGUUUGCGUACUAAGAACAGUCUGCCUAAACGUCAAUGUUGCCCUAAUCCAAUAGGAAACAAAAAGAAGAAAAAAAUAUCGGGGACACACAAUACUCAUUCUUAUGGCAAUCUAGAUGAUCCUAAAGUAGUUGUUGCAAAUCUUACGUGUAAAAAACCAGAUCAGCACUUCAAACCUUACCUGAAGCAACACCUUCCAAAGAGACUGCACUAUGCCAAUAACAGAAGGAUAGAAGAUAUUCAUCUGUUGGUUGACAGGAAAUGGCAUGUAGCAAGAAAACCUGUAGAUGUCUAUAAAAAGCCAACCAAAGGAUGUGUUUUCCAAGGAGAUCACGGCUAUGACAACAAGUUCAGCAGCAUGCAGACUGUAUUUGUUGCAUAUGGACCAACAUUCAAAUACAAGACUAAAGUACCUCCAUUUGAAAAUAUAGAGUUAUACAAUGUCAUGUGUGACCUUCUUGGAUUAAAACCUGCCCCUAACAAUGGAACUCACGGAAGUUUAAAUCACCUCCUAAAAGUGGCAACUCACAAGCCAGCCUUGCCAGAUGAAGUCUCCAAACCAGUGCCAGUUGUUGUCUCCCCAUCCACUGUGAAUGAAGAGCUAGGAUGUUCAUGUGACGUUCAGAAUAAAGCUGAGGAACUGAAUAAGAGACUUUAUGUUAAAAUAACAGAUGAUGUGGCAGUAGACGAGCUUAGCAAUGAAAUUAAGGAGGUGCUACCAAGGAACUCAGAUAAAAACCCCCUCUAUGGGAGACCAGCUGUGUUAUUUAAGACCAAGUACAGCAUACUACAACACAGUGAUUUUGUAAGUGGUUACAGCGAGAGCUUGAUGAUGCCACUUUGGACGUCGUAUACCAUAUCAAAACAGGCUGAAGUAUCUGGCAUCCCCGACUAUCUCUCGAAUUGUGUAAGACUCGACCCACGCAUUUCUCCUGGCAACAGCCAAAGCUGUUCUGCUUACAAAGCUGACAAACAGAUGUCCUAUGGAUUCCUCUUCCCACCCCAAUUGAGUUCCUCUGCAGAUGCCAGAUAUGAUGCAUUCCUCAUUACAAAUGUCGUUCCUAUAUAUCCAGCUUUUAAAAAAAUCUGGAACCAUCUCCAGAGGGUCCUGGUGAAACGCUAUGCAUCAGAAAGGAAUGGAGUCAAUGUCAUUACGGGGCCAAUAUUCGACUAUGACUACGAUGGCUUAUAUGACACCUCUGACAAAAUCAAAACUUUUGUAGAUGGAUCUAUACCAGUCCCAACACACUACUUCUGUAUAAUCACCAGCUGCUUAGAUUAUAACCAGCCAGCUGACAACUGUGAUGGCAGAUUAUCCGUCAUGUCUUUUAUCAUUCCCCACCGGCCAGACAACGAUGAAAGCUGCAAUAACUCAGAAGAUGAAUCGAAGUGGGUGGAGGAACUUUUAAAGAUGCACACCGCUCGCGUUAAAGACAUUGAACAGCUAACCGGACUUGACUUCUAUCGAAAGACAAAUCGCAGCUACACAGAGAUCCUUUCCCUAAAGACGUACAUGCAUACGUUUGAGAGCGAGAUUUAA